AUGGCAUUUGUGCUUGUGGAGGACGUGUUGUACGUGCCAAGUGCGGGGUGCAACUUGUUCUCGCCAGGUCUGGCUUUGGAUCAAGGAUUCCAAUUAUCCUGGGAGCUCAACAAAAGAAUGUCCAGGAUGACAAAAGAUAAUAUGGAGGUCAUUUACACGACGCAUGAACGUCAACUAUGGACAUUUACUGCUCACAAUAUUGGGUGCAAUAUCUCGAAGAGCAACACGAUAAUUACUAAACAGCAAGUAUUUGCAAAUUUUGCAAUUACAGACGGUGUCAAGGACAUCGACGUGUGGUAUGAGCGACUAGGGCAUACCCUCUCUCGAGUACAUCCGACUAAUGGUUGA